GUCCAAGGGAGCCUCGCAAUGCACGAGAGUCACUGAUGAUUUGCACAAGUGGACUUGAGAUUGCGGCAAUUGUGUUUACAGGUUUGUGCGACACGAGCGUUUCGCGACAACGGAGCAUCGCAUGCAAAUAGUGCUGUAUGAACGAAUUUGAAGUUUCGUUUGGAGUGCGAUUUGCGUACAGAUAGUCGCAAUCCCUGGUAGAAUUCCGUGUAGCUUCUCGUCUACAGGUCUUGGAGUCCCGUGGCUUGUUGCAAGGGCUGGAUUCUUGUUGAAUUGAAUUUCAGGGGAAGUGUGCUAGGGUUGGUGCUAUGUCGCACUCGCGCUGUGCGUCUGCGUUAAUCAGGCGUUAUUUGAGGAAAGAUUUUGGGUUACGGAGUGCUGUGAGUGGGAGUCGUUGCUUGGCGACUUUGAGCGUGAGUGAACGCUAUGAGCGGAUGACGGGCUCGGGGAGCGCUUCGGAAGGGGUGGGAUGGAGAGCGCGUGCGAGGGCAGUUGGAGGAGUGGUUGCGUUGACUGGCUUGAUGAGCUUGGUGCAAAUGCACCAGGCAGCUGUGUCGCGCUGUGAGAGUGUCCAGACGCAGAUUCAAAAUCCGAUUGCUGUUGAGACAGAGAAUCCAGCUCCAAGCAAGGACGAGUCUCAGAGCUUCUGUGUUGGCAAUGUAGCUCCUCUUCUUGCGGAAUUGAGGGCUGCACUUGAUGAGGAUCGGGUUGUUGUUGAUGAGGAGGAUAGAAAAUUCCACGCAAAACCAUGGAAUACAUAUCACUCCGUGGAGGCCAUCCCAGAUAUUGUAGUGUAUCCAAAGUCUCAAGAGGAGGUGGUUGCAAUAAUUAAAGCUUGUGCAAAAUACAAGAUCCCUGUAACACCUUAUGCAGGUGGAACAUCACUUGAAGGACACACUAUGACCCUCAACAGAGGAGUAAGCAUAAAUAUGAAUUCAAUGAAGAAAGUCAAGGAGUUACAUCUGGAAGAUAUGGAUGUAAUAGUGGAGCCAGGCAUUGGGUGGAUUGAGCUGAAUGAAUAUUUAAAACCCUAUGGCCUCUUCUUUCCUUUGGACCCUGGUCCUGGCGCUACAAUCGGAGGAAUGUGCGCAACACGGUGUUCCGGUUCAAUGGCUGUGCGAUAUGGUACAAUGCGAGACAAUGUCCUUUCUAUGAAGGCUGUUGUAGCAAAUGGGGAUGUUGUCAAAACAGCAGCUCGUGCUCGAAAAAGUGCUGCAGGAUAUGACCUCACAAGAUUGCUGAUUGGGAGUGAAGGUACGCUUGGGGUUAUCACAGAGGUCACUCUGCGUCUUCAAAAAAUUCCUGAAGCUACUGUUGUAGCUAUGUGCAAUUUUAAGAACGUUGGAGAUGCAGCUGCUGUAGCAAUUGCCUCCAUGCACUCAGGCAUUCAGGUCUCACGAGUCGAGUUGCUGGACGACGUGAUGAUGAAGGCCAUCAACAUGGCUAACGAUAAAAAUUAUCCAGAAAAGCCAACGCUUAUGUUUGAAUUAGUUGGAACAGAAGCCUAUACCCAAGAGCAAACUGCAAGAAUUCAAAGAAUAGUUGAGGAUCACAAUGGAUCGGAUUUUGUGUUCGCUGAUACACCGAUCGAGAAAGAGGAGCUCUGGAAGAUUAGGAAGGAGGCAUUUUGGUCCACUUUUGUUCUUCGACCCGACGCUGAAGCUUUGGUGACUGAUGUUUGCGUGCCUCUCUCAAGACUCGCAGAAUGCAUCUCCGCUACCAAAGACAGUCUUCUUGCAUCUUCUUUGCCUAGCACACUUCUAGCACAUGCAGGAGAUGGCAACUUUCACGCAAUUAUCUUGUUCGACCCUAAAAAUAAAGAGGAGGUUGACGAAGCCUUGAAGCUCUCUAACGACAUGGUGCAUGCGUCCCUCUCUAUGGAAGGGACCUGCACUGGAGAGCAUGGUGUUGGAAUUGGGAAAAUGAAGUACCUGGAGAAAGAGCUAGGGCCAGAAGCACUGAAGAUGAUGGGCACUAUUAAAACCGCAUUAGAUCCCAGCAAUCUCAUGAACCCGGGAAAAAUUAUCCCCGAGAAGUUUUGCUACUAAAUCAAAAUAAUGAGUUCUACAUCAAUUGUGUUUUCUACAGCUGCACCAAAGGAUAUGAUGGAUUUUUUUUUUGGGUAGAUAAUAGUUUUCGUCAUAUUUGAUCUUUUGGUGUAAGCAUGAAAUGAUUAAAAAGUUGCACAAAUUUUGAGAA